AUGAUGAGGAGUUCCAUUUCUAGCUACUUUCCACUGGCUGCAAUUGUGAUCAUGCUUCUAGUACUGACAGCCACGGAGGCUGAAGGCAUCCGGCUAGACGCAGAGACUCGGGCGUCAGUCAGCAGCAGCGGUGGCAGCAACCCGGUGCUCAAUAAACCAAUCGAUGAUGCGGUCAAGGGUUCCACUGGAUCAGCGAGCGAGACGACAGGGAGCGCUGAUACUGCAAGCGAAGGUAGGGCAGUGCCUCAUGGGUUGCCGGAGUUCCAGGAAGACUAUUAUGUUCCAAGCGUUCACAGCCCUAGGCACCACUGA